AUGCCACCUUAUCCUCCAUUAGCAAUAGCCUCUUCAUCCAAUCUCCUACUCAUCUCCUCCGGCCCAUCACUCAUCAUUUACGAACCUUCCACCCACCAAACUACCGUCUAUACACCCGACACCAAAUCACCUUCGUUGAUCCGUCAUUCAGCUAUCUCUUCCGAUGGUACCGUCGCAGCCACCAUAUCAGAUGAUAAAUCUCUCCUUGUUUACUCCAUCUCUACCAAUUCCAUAACCUUACGUUCCUCUCGUCAAGUCAUGAAGAAAUCUUCUUCUCUCUCUUUCUCACCAAAAGGUGAUUUGAUAAUUUCUGAUAAAGUGGGAGAUGUCUAUCUUUAUCCACUCGACCCACGAUCCACUUCUUCAAUCAAUAUCGAUCCACCCGAUACCUCCAUGACAUUGAACUCCGAUCCAACUCUAAACCCCGAUGCUGACUUUUUACUAGGUCAUGUAUCCAUCCUCACCUCUCACGUUCUGUCGAUGGACGGGAAACAUAUCAUCACCUCAGAUAGAGAUGAACAUAUACGAAUAUCACGUUAUCCUCAAAGUUUCGUCAUUGAAAGAUUCUUAUUCGGAUCGGAAAGUUUCGUUUCGGCACUUUGCAUACCUCCCAGACGUCCAGAGAUAUUAUUAUCGGCCGGAGGGGAAGGUGUUAUGAGAGUUUGGGGAUGGGAGACUGGACGUUUAAUUGGGAAUAUCGAAUUGUACGAAGGUAUUUUACCUUGUAGGAAAGUCAGAGCUGGGAUGAGAAGAGAUGCGAGGGCAUCUAAGAGGAUGAAAAUGAGUUCUUCUACGAAUAAAGAUGUGGAAAAAGAAGAAGAAUUUUAUGUCGCUCCUGAAGGUUGGAGAUUACCUUCAGGACAGGGGGUAUGCAUCAAGAAAAUACAAGUUAUCCAAAUCGAAAGUCAAGACGUCGUCGUUUUUUUCUCUGAAGGAUGUGCGGGAUUACAUUCUUUCGUGCUUGCUCAAGAUCUCACCCAUGCCACUGUGAACACGUUCAAGACUGAUUUUCCCGUACUAGACUUUACACAAAUUCCUGGAGAAGAGGGGAGAUUGGUUGUUUCGGUUGACACUGCUUGGGGAAGUCUCAAACGGAAUAGAUUACCUGAUGAGAAGGUAGGACCGGUGGGAGAGGUCGAUGAGGAGAUGCUGCAGAUUUUGGGGAAGGUUUUGAUGGUUGUGGAGGUUUCAUCAGGAGGACAAAUCUCUGCCCUUCCCAACCACCCAAUUUUGACAAUCCUAUCCUCAGCUCUGUCCGGACUUUCACCAGCGGACCCAAAAACCCUCGCAUCCCUAGACCUUUACCCUGAUUUAUCGUUGUACCCCCGCUGGCCAGGUAUGGAAGAAGAUGAUGAUCAAGCCGGACAAACCGACUCCGCUGUGUCAGAAGCAGGUGAGAGUGUAGUGAGUAUGAAGGGUAAAUUGCCAAACGAAUGGACUAGGGAAGAGUUGGAAAAGUUGAACGUCAAGCAAUUGGGACGUUUAAAGGCGCAAGGAGUGGAUACGGGAGAUUUGAUAUAUAAGAAAAAGAAAGCUUUGAAGAGUUUGGGUACCAGGGCGGAACAGUUGAAAAGGGGAUUAUAA